UUCUCCCCUCCUCAUGCCUUUCAAGAAUCCAGACGAAGCCGUGCGGUCGAUACUCAAGAACUUUCCUACUAGACCGCUCGAUAAGGCUACCUUUGAUGCUCUGGUCUCGAAAGCUGUAAGCGAGACAACUUCAAACCGAUCAGCCGACAUAAGAAAGAGUCAGUGGGAGUAUGCAGUCAAGAAUGAGCUUUUCGAACUCGCCAUGAACGAGGGGAAGGCGUUAAAUGAUCCAGAGACCACGUACUUCGAAGAGCUGAAGAACAGGUUGGAUCUGGCGUUGACGUUGACGGAGCAAGAUGUUUGCGAGCAAACUUUCCCGUUUAACACUCUACAAGACCUCCUCGAAACCCAAACCAUAUCUUCCUGCUCACAUGUCUUCUCUUGGAUCGAGUCCAAUGCCGACCGUCUCACCGAAGGCAUGGUCCCCGCCAAGGGAAAGACACUCAUCAUCCUUCGCAUGCUCAAUGAUCUUCUUCGUCGACUCUCCAAAAUGGGCUCCAAUUCGAUCUUCUGUGGUCGAAUAUUGACGUUCCUCAGUGGCGUAUUUCCUUUGGGCGAGAGGAGUGGUGUAAACUUGAGAGGAGAGUAUGGGCCGAUGUGGGAGGCUGUGGAGAUCAAACCGAAGGUUGAGGAGAAGCCAGAGGAGACGAAGGUCGAGAAUGUAAAGGACGUCAAGGAGGAAGAUGGCAAGGAGAAAGAGAAGGACGCAUCCAUGAGCAUGGAGGUGGAGGAGAAAAAGCCCGCGUCUAAAACCUCAUCGGAUUUGAAGCAAGAACAGAAAGACGAUUUCUACAACACUUUCUGGUCCCUACAGCUUCCAUUCUCAAGACCACCCCUUUUCGCAUCUCCCGAGACCUUUACACAAUUCCAGACGGCUGUCAAUAAGGUCCUUCCAAUCAUCAACGAGGCCACCGCCAAGGAGCGUGCUCUCAUGGGCAGCCGCACGGGCUCGACAUCCGUAUCGCAUUCUCACAAACGCAAACGGGAAGCAGAACCAGGCGAGGAGACAACCACGACCGAAUAUUUCUUCGCUAAAUUCCUCACGAGUCCUGAGCUUCUUGAUCUAGAGAUCGCCGACACACAUUUCCGUCGUCAAUUCCUCUUCCAACUACUCAUCCUUCUCAACCACCUCCUCUUGUUUACCAAGACCUCCCGAGCGAUCUGGACAACAACCCGCAACCGUUCUCUCCAAUUCGAAUUCACUUUGGAACCGCCGGAAACCCAAUGGGUAACAGAAACCAUCAAUAAAGCCCAGGAAGAACUGCGACAAACUGCCCCCGGGGGAAGAGCGUUCGCGGACAGCGUGAGCACUAUUCUGGAGAGGGAGAAGAACCGGGUCAAGUGGAAGAAUGACCUGUGUACACCAUUCGAUAGAGAACCUUAUUCGGUCGAAGUGGAUGGGAAGAGAGUGGGCCUAUGGGAGGAGACGGGGGAGGCGAGGAAAAGGAUGAGGAUAGAGCCGAAACAGUGGGAGUACCGACAAGGGACGGCUGCUCUGACGGAAAUCUGGGAUAUGGGCCUCCGGGAUAUUAGAGACUUGGAGAAUCCAUUCCAGCCAGGCGAAGUGAAAGACUUCGUAAAGAAGAUCAAGAUUGAGGAUAGUAAGAUAGAAAUGCGCAAGCAGCAUCUAGCUCGGACCGCCCAACGAAUUGCUCAAGCUCGCGCGAAAGCUACAGCCGCAGCCGCCCUUUCUGCACCUACGCCUACACUUCCCUCUGCCGCGCCUGCACCCACCAUCACUGCCACUCCCGCCGUCGAACCCUCUGCGCCUCUAGCGACCACGACUGCUCCUGCUUCCUCGCCGCCAGUUCGUCCAUCCGCACCAGUAGCACCCGCUCCUACCAGCGCCGCAGCAAGCCCCGCAUUACAUCCCUCAUUACCCGCGAAGCCUGGUUCGAAACCGGCGUCCAAAAGUGCCGAUUCUGUUUCCGUUGCCCCAUCGUCCUCACCAGCACCUGCUAACCCUACACCUGUCGCACCUGCUGUGCCUGUACCUGCUCCCUCCGCUCCUGCUACGCUUGCACCACCUACGGCUACGCCUGCCGCUCCUGCUCGUGGAACAACACCGGGCGCGACGGCUUCACAAACAGCGGUGACAUCAUCGCCAGCAGCACCUCCUGCGCCGGCGUUGCCCAAGGAUGAGGUUAUCGCGACGUGUGAAGAGAAUAAACACCGUCUCGCAUGGCUCGCUCUCCGCACAGCACGGGAGCAAUACCUCGCCCACUUUGGAAAGAUCGGAAACGGCGACAUCAUCCAGCUCGCCACCGAGAUUGAGAACGAAGAGAAGGCACAGAAGGAGUUGCAAGAGCGGGCUGCCGCUGCCGCUACCUCCGGGAACGGUGCGGGUGUAAAUGGGAAAGGUGGAGUUGGCGAGGGAGAGACGGAGCCGUCGGUGGCGUUGUUGGGGAGCGCGACUGGUGCGGGGGAAGAGGGUGGAAUGAGGGAUAGUCCAGCGAUUGGGGGACACGCGUUGUUGGAUGUGGGCUCAGGGGAUGAGAAAAUUUCUAUCAAGGUGGAGCCAGCUACAAAAGAUGUCGAAGGAGACGUGAAGAUGGAGGGUUGAGAGUAGUGCUUGUUCUUGGUGCUGUUUAACUUAUUCGGAUCUCC